AUGACACACAAAUCACACCCACCCCUAGGGUACGUCUCACUGUUGCCUUGCCCCUCGAAAAGUGGUCGUCGAGUAGAGGACGUUUUAGUAAGUCCUCAUGUCCAUAAACAUGGCAUGAGGGUAGCUUCUAAGGUGUCUUCCUAUUGCUCUGGUGAUCACACCGUCCCGAACCCUCGAAUUGACUCGAACACCUCCAACGGUGGUGCUACCUACCUCUCAAUGGUGGGAUGGCACUACUUUAAGGACAUUAACACAGACGAAUUCCUUAGGGUAGGUAGAGAACUCGUAGAUACUCGCUCUAAUUUCAAAACAAAUCAAAAACUUCUUUUCACACCGACACUUUUCAAAAAAGCUUUCAAAAGCAAUUUUUCAAACACUCUUGAGGACUGA